AGGCGGGGUCUGUCCUGCCAACUGCAGUCUAAUCUAACGUGAACGUAGCAUGCGUGACUGCAGACAGUUUAAAGACAACCACAAAAAAAUCAAAAUCCUUGAUAGACAAGGGUCUUUACUAAAUGAACGUAUGAUUGUUGUUACAAUGUAUCGUCUCUGUAAAGAUGUGUUGUUUACAUUGACAGAGUGAUAGUCAGGCGUCACAUUAUUCGCAUUAUGCAUCCGAUGCCUAGGAUCGACGGGGACAUUUUUGACUGUAUCCAACGAGGGAACAUUGAUCAGUGUGCACAUUUCAUUGAACAUGAUCGAUCUAUCCUCAAAGAGAAAGGCUGGGGUGGUUUCACUCCUCUCCACUUUGCGGCCCUCCAAGGUAACCGUUGGAUAGUUAACCUGUUGCUAAGCAAUGGAGCUGACCCCAACCUGACCUGUGAUGCAGGAAUGACGGCCUUCCAUUUAGCCUGCAGGCAUGGUAAUGUAUAUGUGAUGCACCAGAUUAUGCAGCAUGGAGCUGAUCUACGCAUAGUAGACCAUCAGGGAAAAACCGCCCUACACCAUGGAGUGUCUGGAGGCAACAUUGUUGCGAUGCAGUACCUGUGGGAGACGGGAAUGUUCAGGUGGUGCGAUGGAGACAUGUACAAUGUCACACCUCUACACCUGGCUGCUGAUGCUGGCAACACCGAGGUGAUCCGCUACCUGCUCCGAAACAAGAGGUGUAUGGUAGAGACUGUGGAUGAGGAUGGGUUGACAGCGGUCCAUGUGGCAUCAGAGAGAGGCUGUAUAGAGAUGUGUUGGACGCUACUACAGAGAUCAGGCUUCAGGAUACUACACUUGAAGACCUACAGCGGACACACGCCACUGGACCUCUGCAGGCAGGGAAGGACAUUCAGACAUCUGCAGCUGGCCAAACUACUGACCCGCUACAUGAAGGAGCCACCCUUCAGCAAACCUGAAGAGUCACCAAUCCUGUACUACUGGACAUUAUUCUUCCCGUGUCUGAUCGGAGGAGUGAUUCUGAUUAUCGCAGCGAUGUUGGGGGGCUACGGAGGGAUAACGUGCGCCGUCCUCUUCCCUUGGCUGGCCAGGAGUAUUUUCUCCCAGUUACACCGCAUGACCACCUACCAGAGGUUGGCCAACCCCGUCUACCUAGGGACUAUGAUAGCUGGACUGUUCCACUCUCUAGUCUGUUUCUACUACAAAAUACUGCCGCCUAGCUUGUGGGGGGAUAGUGUUCUGGGUCAUGUGUCGCUGGUCCAGUUCUCUAUGGUUUUGGCCAUGUUCUGGAAGAUUCUAACCCAGGAUCCUGGGGAGCUGGGACCGGGAGAUGCAGAUCCUCGCUUCUCCUCCAUAGCAGACCUGCUGGAGAAAAAACAGAAUCCUCAGAGGUUCUGCAUCUACUGUGAGGUAAGGAUUCGCUGGGUAAUACUUAUGGAUCGUUCUGAAAGGGACCUCCUUUGACCUUGUUAACAAGCAAGUAUGUGUGGUAAUAACCAGACUUUUUUUCCCAACAGAUAAUGUAUUCCAUUAACUUGUGACAUAAGGGAUGGAUACAAUAUCCCUUUGAAAUAAAGCACGAAUAGAUCUGUUGUUCUGAGGGAGCAAGGAGAGAAACAUAUUUUCCCUAUUGGAGAGUCAACUGGAUUAAGCAAGGGUAGGUCAGGAAGGUGAGGUCUGGUUACACCUCUAAAUAACAUGAGAGUUCCAGAUGGAAUAGCAUCAAAGACUAUGGCGAACUCUCUAGGUGUUACAGGGAUAUUGUAACGAGAUAAAAAAAAAUCCUCAUAAUUGAGUAACAAUCUUUCUGCAUUAAAAAGUUGACUCACCAGCAGGAUAUGAUUAUUGAACCAGUUGUUAAAAAAGAAAGACUUUCUAUACAAAAUGUCCUUACUGUUCCAAAUGAAAUACCUGAGGGGAAAAAUUAUGUUUAUAUAUUAACGACCACGCUACGAAUACUUGUCUAUGAAAAGCAGAUCAUUUUGCAGGAAUCUUAUCAAUGUUAUAGUUACAAAGUAACAAAAUUGAAGCCACCAAAACAGGAGAAGAAAUAAUGAGGGAUGAAAUUCCAAAUUGAAGUAGGAUUCUUUACAAUUAAUCUUAAAAGUAUUAUUCAAAGUAGGAAAAUCUACAAAAUUGUGUCCACCAUAUUCAUGAGUUCAUAACGACAAAUUGCCUAAUAUAAUGUGUACGAUUUUUCCAGGUGAAGUUGAAAACAUCUGGUCAACCGCUUUACCUUUUUUGUUGUCAAGAUAUAGGGACUCCUUCCUUCUUAGCCCUCCAAGUGUAUACUCCUCAGGCGUCAUGAGACGUCAACAGAAAUAUCCACUUCAUUUGAAGGCUGAGGUGUUAGGGUGUGUCUAAGUGUUUGGACCGUAACCAUCAUUUUUUUGGAUUCCGUUCCGACCAGAAAAAUAAAGUUCUGAAUCGGUUCUAACCAAAACAUAGUAAUGGUUUAUAUAGUUUCUUUCUGUUCCUUUUUAAACCUCAAAACUAUAUUUUUGUACAUUUAGCUAGACAUUAAAUUACUUAACCAAUGGAUAGAACAGCUUGCUAUGUAGCUACAUGCGUUGGACAACAAGUGUAGGGUGUGCGAGAUGCAACUGAAAUUUUGCAGAGCGCGCUGGGCAUCUUGUUGUUAUGACAUACAAUAUCUGAACAAGGCCCAUGGAAUUAUACACAUACGGUGGAGUGGCUUCUAUGAAGGAACUUUUGAAUGUCUUUGAACUUCAGCGAGUUGGUUUCACUAACGUUGGACUUAGAGAAUUACCUUUCCGUAGUUAAUAAAUCCAUUGUGAAACGUGAUAACUGUGGUAUCUGUAACUAGCAUUGAAAAGUAAAUCCAUUCUAAUAAAAAAAUCUCCCUAAUUUUUGAAUCAUGCUUGUAACGUCAGUAGCUGCCGUAGACUAUGCUUCCGAGGGAGGGGAGAGGCAGAUGGCCUACACACUGAUAAAAACUUCCAGCUGGCAGGCAGACACUGGAAUACGUUUGAGUGACAGCAAGGGCUUUGCAUAGACUCCUUGUUGCGUUUUUUUGUGGGACUGGAAAAAAUAAUGCCCAGAACGUUAACCGGUUCCCAUGCUUUUAAAAUAACUGUUCUGUUAUGGAAUAGUAUAGAUCACUUUCGCUCUGGUUCUGUUCCUCAAAUGUAGUUAUUUUACGGUUUUCAGUUAUUUCAGGUAUUUUCCCUGAACCGGUUCCAACCCCUGCUUAAAACAGUUGUGUUUAUGAUAUGAUUUAUAGAAGUGCAUAGAUGCGAUAAACAAGUCAAUCGAACAUAACCAUGGAAUUGCCAUGGAAACAUGCAAAAUUUGCCUACAUUUAGGGGUAUUUCACUCUGUUGAGGCACAAAUUGGAGUAUAAUGCUUGUAUGGAUGUCAACCCCAACACAAGUUUACGUACUUCCGGCGCCAACAGAGAUGGCCGCCUCGCUUCGCGUUCCUAGGAAACUAUGCAGUUUUUUGUUUUUUUACGUGUUAUUUCUUACAUUAGUACCCCAGGUCAUCUUAGGUUUCAUUACA